UUGACGGACGUGCGUCGCGACGUCCCCAGACAGCGCUCUACAAGGACCACUGAGGUGUUGCUAGCGUGCAGCUCACUUGCCCGAGACAGGCGCUGCCGUUGCAGAAAACAUCGCAUUCAAUCGACGAUUGGGGUGACCUCCGAUAGAAAUUCCGAUGACUUAUAGUUGCUGGAUCGGUGCCAGAUUUGUGUAAACUCCCAGGGCGACUACAGCUGUAGAAAACAGUGUCUAGAAGCUCGGCAAUUUCAGAAAACCUAGCAAUGCAGAGCAGACGCAGUGAUCUGAACCACCCAAAUGGAAGCACCCACGACGCAACAACCGCUUCCUCCAACGAAGAGUUCGGAAUCAAGCGAACCAUGCUCGUUUUGGUGAUCGUUGUGGGCUGUUUCGCAGUGGUGUGGCCGAAGAUCUUCUACCCCAUGCUGGUGAACAGCUCCACGCCGCAGUCGAAGCAAAACGUGGGAUGUUGUGACGUCAUUUCUGAACUGGAUAUCGAUACCAUUAAAAUAAUGUCCGAACUAUGUGGAACCAUAAUUGAACAUGCCGAAGACACAGUCCUUAGCCCGAGGGAAAUCGUGUCUCAAUGUAAAAAAGCGGUGAUUGAUAAGUGCGGCAUCGACUUAUCAGCCGCUCUGUACGACAGAGUCUCUUUGGGGCAUUCGACUAAGCAAAUUCUUGAAGAGGUGCGCUCCUUGAACGGAUCCCUGUGUCUUAAAUACUACUUUGGGGUGGCCCCGUGGAAGCUCGGUGUCCCCCGUAGGGUUAACCUGAAUUUGGAUCCUGCUAAUCCUAUUAAACAGGAAAGGCCUUCAAUGGUGAAUCCAGUAAAAUUACAUCCGGCCUUAAAGGAAAGGGGCCGAGCUAUUUAUGGGGCAGACCAAGUGACCACUGAGGCGAGGAGGAAGAGGCCAGCACCUAUUAUAGUGGAAGGAAGACCUGGCCCGAUCCCAGGCAGAAGACCGACUAUUGGUUUGCCAGGCGAAAUUGCUCCGUCCAAGAUUUCGAACUACGGUCUGAUGGGUGUGCUAAUGCCCAUUUACACCAUCGCCUUUAUAAUUUUCUUUACCUACAUAGUGAAAAAGAUAGUGUACAAGAAAAAGCCGAUAAAUUACGUGGGAUCGCCUCUAUAUCCUCCAUGUGACUCUGACGAACAAUUUGAAGAGCAAGUUUUCCAAGCAAACCCGCAUUAUUUUAACAGACCUAACAAAGACACGAGUAAAAUAGGAUGGAAAGAACGCGAUACAAGAGACAUUGAGCUGGACCAGCUGCGCAAACGGUUGCGUGAAACUGAGCUGGCAAUGGAGCGUAUCGUUUCUCAGAUGGCGCAGGUUCCGCUCACCACGCAGGACGUCGUCAAAAUGAACGGUGUCCUUCCGAAGGAUGAGGAGCAAAGUUCAGUCACCGUUCUGGGAAUGGAGACUCGCGCUUCUUGCGAAAACGGAGGAAAAUGGUCCAGACCAGAUUCGCCAGUGAUUCACUCUUCUGAACCUGCAGUAGCCAUCGAUCACUCUCCCUCACCUCAGCAAAUAUUCUUGGAAGGUUCGCUGCCUCCGCAGUCUCAAAUUUUAGUGGCCGACUCCGCUACGGAGGCGCAAACCGAUGCAGACGACAAUUCCUCCGUUAUUUUGGCUGGCAAAAUGACGCUGAGUGUUAUCAGUUUAGACUCCGAACCCGGAAAUGAGGAGUCGUCGAAUAUCCUGCCGAAAAACGAAAGCUCAGACGAAGAGGGAAGAACCAGCAGCAGCAACAUUUCGGAGGAAUUCGAGAAGAUCUACGCUUCUGACGUGGAGGAUCAUAUCAACAACAUCAUCGAAGAAGCUGAAAAUGCGGUUCUGGCUGAGAAAACUGGAGAUGACUUCGGCCCAGUUCCAUUAAAAACAACCACAUUCAGCGGCAUUCUAGAUGAAAUGAGAAAGGAGUUCAACUUGGUAGAGGAUUUACUUCAAUCAAGUGGCAGCGAAGCAAAACCGCCUGUAAGCCCAAUCGCUGAAGACUUGCUGGAUCUCGAGGAACGAUUGAAUGGAACCGAUGACAGUAUUGAAGAAGCAGAAAUUGGAGCCACAGACGACGAUGCAACUUUAACAACUCAGGAAAAUAUAUCUGGAAAUCUACAGUUUUCUUUUAUACUAGACCAGCCAGCAUUGGAGGUAAUUGGUGAUUCGAAAGGACGGGAUGAAGCUGAAGAGAUAAGCGUUUGUCCGAAGGCAGUAGAACAUGAAGGCAUGAAAAGAAGUUCUGAAGAAAUCGACAUUCGACAGCAAUUGACUGGCAAUGAAAAUGAAGAGCCAAACGAUCUCGAUGAAACUAAACCUGGGACUCAAAAGGAAAACGAAGAUUUCAUCCGAGAAGAAAAGAAGGGCACAAUGGAUCCAGGGUCUGGUUUGAGAACUAGUAUUGAGCGAGAGAAAAAUAUUGAGAGCGCGAUUUCAAAUAAAAUUUCUCAGGUUGACCAACACGAGGAAAGACCAAAUAAAUUGACUGAGUAUGUGGCAAACUCUGAAGACGAAGCGGAGAGCAUUGUUGAAAUCAAUGAGAAUGAAAACCAAUUAAAAUUUAAGAAAAAUUAAUUAAUUAAAUUUUAUUUUCCUAUGAUUACGUAGAUAUCGAAAUCAAGGCUUUUAGAUCCGACUGUUCCGUUUUCAAUAUUUUUAAGGUAUGCAUUCGAUAAUGGAGAAAUUGUGCUUCAUGAAUCCGAUAUUACGAAUUUAUUUCACUAUACGAUUCAGAAAUAAAUUAAUUUAAAUGGAAAUUUUUUGUGAUUUGCACCCACUAUCGCUCAAGGACGAGGAUUUUCACAAGGAAACAUGUUAUAAAUGAUUGACUUUAAGCGGUAUUAUUACUUUGCACACUUGGGUACUACUCGAGACGCGCGUGAAUUUCCGUUCUUCAAUUCUUCCUAGAACAGAAGACACGUUCAAUGAUGAAAAUUUGAAUCAGGUCGAAGCGAAUGUUGAUUUUUAAUAAAGCAUCGAAGAUCGAGCUGCAAAUCGGCCCGAUCUCUAAAUCACUAAAUCAAUUUCGCAGUUAAAAUUUCUAAGCCUUCUAGAAGACACUUCAAGGAAUAAUUUGUGAAAAAUUUAAGCAGAUCACAGUAAAGGCUAAUUUUUUAAAUUAAUCGAAGAUUGAGCUACAAAUCGGCUCUAUCUUCUCUACUUCUUCUUCUGGAAGAAGUUGUCAGUUCGCAUAAAGUCCUUUUAGAGGUCGGUCGUUUUUUAAAAGCAUUUAAGCAUAAUUUAAAAGCAUAAUUAAGGCAGUCAAAUGUUCUUAAUUAUCAAGUCAGUAUAUAACUGUUAAUAAUGAAUGAUUUGAACCAGUGAGCUUGGAGUUGGUUUAUGAAAAAAUAUAAAAAUCCAAUAGGCCAACCAUGAAGACCAGAAGAGUUGACGAUGUAUCAAUGGCCUCAACUUCGCUUCUUCAUGGUAAGUAUUCUGAGGGUGUCCCUGUCAAGUCAACUGCGCACAACAGAAUAUAUCAGCCUGACAGUUCAACAUUAUUGGUUAGAAAACUCUGAGUAAACAACAGAUCUAGAAGAUACAAGUGUUUUUCUACUUUAACUACUUUAAAUAGAUUCUUUGACGAGAUGAAUAAGAUCAGAAGCACAAUGGAGCAAACCGAAAUUGAAGUGAUAAGUUCCACACAAAGCAAAUCGGAAAAUAUCGGCUCUUUUGGCGAACAUGGAAAUGCAGCUGAUUCAGCAGCGCUACCGAAUAAUUCGCAAACGAAUAGUGGGUUUGAUUUGCCGUCGUUUAAUUGUUCAGAAUGCUCGUACAACAGUAUUUGGAAGCAUGCAGUUAAAAGGCAUCAGAGGACGCAUUUUCGAAAGGAAAAGUAUGCAAAGAGUGGCAAAAAAGUUAAGCUGGCUUGCACGCAUUGCAUGUACACAUCAGAUAACUGGGCCGAUUUUUUAGAUCAUCAAACAUCACAUAUAACAUCAGAAGAUGGAAAUCUUAGAUUUAAUUUAGAACAUAAGCAUGAUGAAGAAGAUGAUGAUGAUGAUGAUGAUGAUGAUGAUGAUGAACAAAAAUUGAUUAUAGCUUGUCCCUAUAAAUGCGACAAAUGCCAAUUUGAAUCCUUGGACAAGAGUACUUUUGAAGAACAUAAGAAUGCGACCCACGGUACAACACUAAAGUGCCCACACUGCAGUUAUAUUUCCAGGAAAAAAAAUGCUCUAUCUAAGCAUAUCCGGACAGCGCAUCAAGAAAUUCCCUCUGAACCAUCGAGUGAAAAAGCUGCUGUCCCAACCAAGGUAGAUGGCACAAAGGGUUCUAAACGACCAUACAGACGGGGAAUAUAUGCACAUGUGCCUGUGAAAACGACAGGAAACGGCUUGUUUGAAUGCGAGCACUGCUCCUACCAGACAGCAAUUAGGACGGCGCUUGUAAAACAUCAAACAAAACAUUCUAAAGUUUAGCAAAUCUGUAUCCAAUGACCAGAACCAUGUUUCCUAGGUAAAGGGCCAUAUUAUUUAAUGUUAAAUGCUGUUAUAACUACUAUAAUUUUAUUUUAUGCUUGUAGAAUCUUAAGAGAUUGUUGUGAGAACUGGAUAGAUUUGCAAUCUUAUAGCAACUAAAGCGGACUGUUAUUUUGCCUGUAUUGGAACCCAUAUAUAUAUUUUAUUUAUUUCUUUAUCUGUUAUAGAUUAAAACGUGAACAAGUUUAGUUAA